CAUCAGGCUGCUUCGGGCUCUGGAUCAGGCCGGCGAGAGUGUUCCAUCUCUUAUCGCUGUUACCCGGAGACACCGAGUCGGCUGGUGGUGGGUGCGUCUCCCCUCGUUACCUUCACUCACCCCCACCACCCUUACUGGAUCGACUGGUGGCGGUGAUUCUCCCCCCUGAAACACUGGGUCCCUCCCCCCAUUGACUUUCACAUGACGGUGGUGACUCUGCCCCUGAAAACUCCACCUGGAGACAUUGGUCAACUGGUGCUAGUUGGUAUCCUCACCGCACUUACUGGGUCAACUGGUGGGAGUAGUGACUCUCCCCCCUUGUCGUCUUUAUUUGAAGACACUUAUUGGAUCUUUUGUCUUGAUGAGGCAACUCUCAGGCUGUAGGAGUAACACAUCUGGACAGACUCCGACCUGAUGGCAUGAACAUUGAUUUCUCUUCCUGGUGCUGCCUACCCUGCUGAGCUGUUCCAACAUUUUGGGUGUGUUGCUCUGGAUUUCCAGCAUCUGCAGGAUCUCUUGCAUUUAUUGGAUCUUUACAGUUCUCUGCCUCCUCGCCAAUCAUAGUAACAAGAAGAGGGCAUGUCCUGGUAUGUUCCAAGGUACUGUGGGAGAACAUCAUUUUGCAUAUUGUCUAUGCAGUUCAUUUCUUUAGAACAGUGCAUUGAGAGUGUACAGGGUAAAACAAUAAAAGAUGCAGAAUAAAGUGUAACAGCUGCAGAAAGUGCAGUGCAGGGAGGUGCAAGGCCAAAACGAGGUGGAUUGUUAGGUCAAAGGUCUUUCUUAUUGAUUUGUAGAUAAGAUUAGAGUCGGUAUGUAUUGCAGAUGGCAUGAACAUGGUGGGUGGACUUACUUUCAAAUGGUGACCACCAUUAUAAUACACAUUUCUUAACAUUAUUCCAUUACAUAAGACACAAGAGGACUGCAGAUGCUGGAAAUCUAAAGCAAUACACACAAAAGACCGGAGGAACUUGGUCGACCAGGAGACCAGUACCAGUAGACCUUGGUAUAAAGGGAGAUGAACAGUCAACAUUCUCAUAGAGGGUCUUGACCCAACAUUGGUGGGAGUGCUGCCACAAGAAAGCAGCACCCAUCACGAAAUAUCCCACCAUCCAGGCCAUGCUUUCUUCUUGCUACUGCCAUCAGGAAGAAGGUACAGAAACCUUAGGACCCAGACCACUAUGCUCAAGAACAGUUAUUCCCCCUUAACCAUCAAACUCCUGAAUCAGUGUGGAUAACUUCACUCUUCUCAAUACUGAUCUGAUUCCACACCCUUAUGGAUUCACUUUCAAGGACUCUACAACUCGUUCUCAGUAUUAUUAUUUUAUUUCUUUUGCACAGCCUGUCUUCUAUUGCACGUCGGUUCUAUUGUACUGCUUUCUUUUUCUGUAAAUGCCCACAGGAAGACAAAUCUCAGGGUUGCAUAUGCUGAUAUGGAUUUAUCUUGACUUUCGACUUUGAAUGCUUUUAUUUUGUGCUUUGUAAAGUUAUGGUACAAAGACGCAAAGGGCACUAAACGAGAAUGUUUGUUUGGUCUUUGUAGGUGUUGUUAAGAAAUUUCUUGAGCAUCUGUACCAUUAAAGAAAAGAAAAAUCUACACUUUGCUCCUCAUGUUAGUAAUAUGUUGCCACAAAGGAAGCAGCUGCUUAUGAAGAUUUCAAUGUAUCAGUUCUUCAAACGCAAAUGUUUAAAUACAGAGUUGAAGGCAAAAAACUUCUCGGGCACGGCCUGUGCAAAACACCAGAGGCGUGUCGCCAUCACCGGGAUUGGUUUGGUGUCUCCUCUUGGAGUGGGCAGUCAACUCACGUGGGACCGAAUCUUGAAAGGACAGAGUGGUGUUAUAUUCUUGGACGCACCGGAGUACGCCGACUUGCCUUGUAAAGUGGCUGCCUGUGUACCACGGGGUGAUGGAGAGGGGCAGUUCAACAAAGAAGAGUUUGUCUCGAGAUCUGAGGCAAAGUCUAUGUCGGACGCUACAAUCAUGGCAGUAGCUGCAACUGAGCUUGCAUUCAAAGAUUCCAACUGGAGUCCACAAUCUGAAAAAGAACGAGAAGCCACAGGCGUAGCUAUUGGAAUGGGUAUGGUUCCACUUGAUGAAGUCAGCAACACUGCGGCCCUGUUUGCAACCCAAGGUUAUAAAAAAGUCAGUCCUUUUUUUGUUCCCAAGAUCCUCCCCAACAUGGCAGCUGGACAAAUUAGUAUUAAAUUUGGACUCAAAGGUCCAAAUCACUCGGUCUCAACUGCGUGCACAACGGGAGUACACGCCAUCGGGGAUGCUUCAAGAUUUAUCCUCCAUGGAGAUGCGGAGGCGAUGCUGGCAGGUGGCACAGAGGCUUGUAUUAACCCCUUAGCGCUGGCAGGCUUUGCAAAGGCACGUGCCCUCUGCACCUACUAUAACUCCAGCCCUAAACUGGCCUCACGCCCAUUCCAUCCUGACAGGAAGGGGUUUGUCAUGGGAGAAGGGGCGUCGGUGCUUCUGCUGGAGGAGUACAGACAUGCCGUAGCGAGGGGAGCGCGGAUCUACGCCGAAGUACUAGGUUAUGGACUCUCAGGAGAUGCCUCUCACAUCACUGCUCCCAGCAUCGGAGGGGAUGGAGCUUUCAGGUGCAUGUCUGCUGCAUUGAAAGAUGCUGGACUAUUACCAGAGGAUGUUACAUACAUUAAUGCACAUGCCACCAGCACACCACUGGGAGACGCAACUGAGAAUCAAGCCAUCAAGAGAUUGUUCGAAGAACAUGCAUAUUCUCUUGCCGUCUCUUCCACUAAAGGAGCGACCGGCCACCUGCUGGGGGCAGCUGGAGCCAUCGAAACAGCAUUCACAGCGUUGGCCUGCUUUCAUGGACGCCUACCUCCGACCCUCAACCUUGACAGGACCGAUCCUGAGUUUGAUUUGAACUACGUCCCGAUGAAAGCUCAAGAAUGGAAGGUUGCAAAAAGACGGAUUGCACUGAGUAAUUCAUUUGGAUUCGGAGGCACAAAUGCAACCCUUUGUUUGGGAAGCAUCUAAUUAACUUUUUUAUAAUAAAUAAUGGAAAAGGAUUUGUCCCUGGCUGUACGUUUUCAAGAUGCAACUUUGUUCACCAUGUCGGGAAUUUGAGGAAUUUUCAUUAGGACAGGCAAGGAAGGGGAAAGAUGCCAGAAUAAGAAGAUGAGGGAGAAAUCAGGACUGGAAAGCUUCUGGCAUCUUCCUCCUUCAUUUCCGGUCUUGAUGAAGGGUCUUGGCUCAAAAUGUUGACUGUUUAUUCCUCUCCAUAGAUGCUGCCUGACCUGCUGAGUUCCUCUAACAUUUUGUGUGUGUUGCUCUGGAUUUCCAGCAUCUGCAGAAUCACUUGUGCUUAGGAAUUUUCUGUGGUGUGUUGGUCAGGACGUAGCAUGCAACAAAGAACAACAACAUUCAGCAAUUAUAAGGAAUUAUAUAUUAAAAAAAAGGAUGGACAUGGAAUAAAAUGUGCAUAAAUAAAUAGAUACCAGCAUGUAUUUACAAGUUUAAUAGCAUUAAAAGAAGUGGUUUAAAAUGUUUAUAGUGCAGUGACUGAGGUAAUAGAUAGAGGGGGCAGUGGGGGACUAGCUAGAAUAGUUGGUCAUUUUAACUGCCUUGAGGAAGAAUCUUUUAAGAUGGCAUUGAAGUAUUUGUUUUAAUAGUCCUAUAACACUUUCUAGAAGGGAGCUUUCAGAAAAGGCAGUUUGCAGGGUGGGUAGUAUCUGCAAUGAUUUUUCCCGCCCAUUUCUUUGUCCUGGACAUAUACAAGUCCUGCAGUGAUGGUAGAUUGCAGACGAUGUGCUUUUCUGAUGACCUGACAGUUUGCUGUAGUUUUCAUAUAUUGUGAAAGGAUUUAGAGAAACAUUUGGUAUAGGAAGAGUUGCAAAUGACUGACCCAAAAUUGCUGACAUGAAAAUUGCUCAAAUGUUACAAUAAAAGAAUAUUGCAAAUGUACUGAUUAGUGAUGCUUUCCUGUAGAGUUUAUUUUCUCAAAUGUUGGCAGCAAAGAUAACUGAUAAAUCAACAGAGCUAAACAAGAGGUUUUGGCUUAAUUCAUUAGAAGUGUUUUUAUUAAACACACCAGAUAAACAUUUUCUUAGAGAAACACACACAAAAUGACAGAGGAACUCAGUGGAUCAGGCAGCAUCUAUGGAGAGGAAUAAGCAAGCAACAUUUCGGACCGAGGCUCUUCAUCAGGACGUCAACUGUUUAUUCCCCUCUACUUAUGCUGCUUGACCUGCUGAGUCUCUCCAGCAUCUAUGGAAGGAAAUAAACAGUCGAAGUUUCAGGCCACCCCGUGAUGAAUGGUCUCAGCCCAAAGCGUUGACUGUUCAUUCCCCUCUGUAGAUGCUGGCUGACCUGCUGAGUUCCUUCAUCAUUUUCUGUGUGUUUCUCAAGGUUUCCAACCUCUGCAGAAUCUCUUAUGUUUAUGAUUUUGUUUGAGAAUCUUUGUUAAAAAUAGCAAUGAAAUUCUGCUUCCCCUCAUAACACAAUAUAGUUUCAAUAAAAAAAAACAUUGUGUAUUUCCUGUGAAGCUUGAGUCAGUAAUUUUCUAUUCUCAGUGCACAUAUUAAUGCACAUGAGCUAGGGAAAACUAUUAGUGGACACUGUAAAAUCGUGACACAAAGAUUGCUCAGCCACCAUGACAAAAGCAUAUAAAUGGUUUCCUGUAUAGCCUAUUUUGUCAUUGUUAGCAGGGAAACACAUCUAGACCUCUCCAGGUACCAGAGAAUGAAUCUGUACGAUCGACUAAUAACUGUAGUAGCACCAUGUGCAAUUCACUGAUUCCUCCCAGCUGCUUGGGUGUGUGGCUGUGCAGUAACUGAAAUGCUCCCACACACAUAGCCUUUGUUGUCGUGCUGUUGGAAUUCUCUUUUACAUAAUGUUAAUGUAAUUUUGAGAUCAUGUUAAUAUUGUGAAAUAGCUGUAAUUAAUUCUGUGUUAAUGAAUAUAAUCCAUCAUCAUUAUGUGCCGUGUGGUAUGGCGUGGGUGAUCAUGGUCUUGUCAUGAACAUGACUGUUCUUGGCAAACUUUUCCACAGAAAUGGUUUGCCAUUGCCGCCUUCUGGGCAGUGUCUUUAAAGAUGGGCGAUUCCAGCCAUUAUCAAUACUCUUCAGAGAUUGGCUGCCUGGUGUCAGUGGUCACAUAACCAGGACUUGUGGUAUGCACCAGUUGCUCUUACGACCAUCCUUCACCAGCUCCCGAGUCUUCACGUGACCCUGAUCAGGGUGCGGGGGGGGAACGAGGGCUAGGCAGGUGCCACAACUUGCCCAAUGGUAACCUGCAGGCUAGCGGAGGGAAGGAGUGCCUUACUAGAGAUGUAUCUCCACUCUGCCACCCAAAUGGGGUCGAAGCACUUGGCAAAGGAUGGUGCUCAGUGUCGGAGCGCUGGUCGGAAGCUCGAAGUUUUCAGACGGACUCAGAGUCCGCUGCGGUCAGGUACUUCCAAUGAUGCUGCAUCAGCAAGUUUACGGUGCUUGGAGGUUCAUGGCAGGGAGAGUUUCUACCUUCAACCACCUGCGUGACUUGAGACUUUUUACCGUGCCCAUGGUCUGCUCUUUAUCAAAUUACAGUAUUGCUUUGCACUGUUGUAACUAUAUGUUAUAAUUAUGUGGUUUUGUCAGUUUUAGUCUUGGUUUGUCCUGUGUUUUCUUGUGAUAUCAUUCUGGAGGAACAUUGUAUCAUUUUUUAAUGCAUAAAUUUCUAAAUGACAAUAAAUGAGGACUGACUAUCCUUAUAAUCUAAUCUAAAAAUAUAUAAUCCAUAAAUGUGCUAAAUAAU